UCGAGCUGACUAGUGAAAACAAAAUGUGACGUGGCUAAUCCUGUAGACAAAAAGAACAAGAAAACCCGAAUCAUUAAACUGUUUAUUGGAAAACUAAAAGGCGGAUAACUUUUAGAAAGAUACAUGCAAACUGGAACAAAGAAGCUAAACCUUUCGUGUUGUUGAAUCUAAGACGGAAACUGUUGGCAGGUUGGGGUAACGUUAACUGCUAGCAUCAAGACUGACAGGAGAAAGGCAUGAACUAAGACAUAAAGAUGUCAGACAGUGAAGCUACAGCAGCGGAGAAUCCAGAGGUGGUACCAGAGAUUCAGGAUGCCUCUCCUGCAGAAACGCCUGACAGCUCCUCCCCAAGCACACCUGACAUAUCGACAGAUGUGGCUCCCACAAGGAAAGCCAGGAGGAGACCAGAUGUCAAACCUGCAGCUGAAGUUGAGGAGAAACCAAAAGUAGAGGAGCAGCCAGCAAAGGCACCGACACCUGUGGAGUCCACUGUGUCUCAGGGUGGUUGGGGAUACUGGGGCAGCUGGGGAAAAUCCAUCUUAUCCACAGCAACAGCUACCGUGGCCACUGUUGGCCAAGGGCUCACUCAGGUGAUAGAGAAGGCGGAGACAUCUCUGGGAAUCCCCAGUCCGACUGAACUCUCAACGCAAGUUGAGGAAGAGCAGAAACAAGGUGAAUCUAGCAGUGAGACGGACAAGGCGACCGGCGAUGCAUCGGUGGCGGUGGGAAGUGCAAUGGGAAUGCUGUCGUCGCUCACCAGCGUCGUCCAAAGCACAGGAAAAACGGUGAUAACAGGCGGUCUGGAUGCUCUGGAGUUCAUCGGGAAGAAGACGAUGGAUGUGAUAGCAGAGGGCGAUCCCGGCUUUAAGAAGACUAAAGGACUGAUGAACAGGAACUCAACUCUCUCUCAGGUGCUGAGGGAGGCGAAGGAGCGAGAGGAGCUGCAGACGGCAGAAAAAGAGUUUUCAGAUUCUGAGAAGAAGGUGGUGGCUCACUACGGGAUGCUGUUUGAUGAAUUUCAAGGUCUGUCACACCUUGAGGCGCUGGAGAUUCUGUCUCGAGAGAGUGAGUCUAAGGUGAAGUCAGUGCUGACCACACUAUCAGGAGAUGAGCUGGUUCAGCUCAGACAAGAACUCGAACUCAUUAAGGAUUCUUUCUCUCUGGUUGAGUUUGAUGAUGAGGAAGUGGAUGAGAAGAAAGAUGAAGACGGCUCAGAGUUCGAGAAGGAGUUAACAGAGGCUUUGGAGGGUCUCAGUGUCAGUGGCACAGUGGACAAACUCAGCAAGGCCUGUAAGAGCACCUGCAGCCAGAUCACUGACAUGACCAAACCAGGGAAGAAGGCGGACGAAGCGGAUGUGAAGACAGAAGAGGAAGAAUGUGAGAAGGAUGUACAGGAAACACUUUCUGUAGAGGAGGUUCAUGCUGCAGCCAUCAGGAGUCUGGCAGAGCUGACGGCUCGAUCCAUCGAGCUAUUCCACAAACUGGCUGAGAUGAUCCUCUUCUCCAACGGCAGCGCAGAGGCCAGCGUCCUGUCACAAUUAACUGUUGUCCUGUGUAAAGAAAUCUCACUGCUUUCCAAGAAGUUCACAUCCUGCUUAACAACAGCAGGGUCAAACGAGAAGGGGGAUGUCCUCAACCCGCUGAUAACAGGAGUCUUUUUAGAGGCGUCCAACAGUGCGUCUUACAUUCAAGAUGCUUUCCAGCUGCUGAUGCCCAUACUGGAAAUCUCCCACAUUCAGAGGAAAGCUGAAUCCACAGAGCAGUGACCAACUGAUGUCACCUCUGACCUCCAUCGCUGCCAUGACGCUGGGACUCUGUCACAGCAGAGAACUGACACAUCUUCAGAACUUUUCCUUUAAAAAAAUAACCUGUGUCAGCUCUUACGAUGUCUGGUUUUCAGCUCAGGACAAAAUCAAUUUCACACCUGGAGGGAAAAGUGUGUUUUUGUGAAACAGUGUUAACUUUCUUUUGAUUUGCUGGUUUAAUUGUUAAACGCAGUAGAUGGACUCAUUGAAGUACAGUGUUGAUGAGGUCUGGCUGUACCAACUAAGGGAAACAAAUACAUUUGUGUUAAACAGAAAGCAACUCAUUAUUUUUUCUUUUACACUAACAAGUACACUAUUUUUUUCUGACAGCACUUGUCCUCUUGCCUCUAAAUUCUGCCUCAGAGAACACUUAAAAAAAUGACAUACAGAAUGGAAACACCCAUGAUACUUUUUUAAAAAAAACAAAAAAAGGUGAUUUAUUCAGAAUGUAUUUUUUCUCUGUACUGCACAGAGAAUAGCUGGGAAAUUCUUUUCUGUGCAUAUCUCUCUAAAACACUGGUUCAAUGAGCAGUUGGGCCAAGUGUUUUUGGACACUGACAAGUUUUUAACCAAAAGUGAUGGGACUUAAACGUGUCACUUUUGCCAGUCUCUGUAGCUAGCAUGCCACUGUUAAUCUGGCAAUAUGACUCAAGAGGCCUUGUAUUACCUCUUUAAAUCUCCAACGCACAGAUUGUUUUCUUAGUUAUUGGUAACCUUGGUAUCAUGUUCAAAUCAUCAUCAGAUUUGCUGUAAUUUGUUUACGUAACUCUAAAUCUAAUGAUGCCUGUUUGUAGAGGGACAUAAGUUUAUUAUCAUGCUUGCAAUUUGACCCUGGUGCUUUGUUUUACCUCCAACUGGGUGUAAAACAAUGUCAGCUUUAAAUGACUAUUUUUUUCUCUUAUGCCAGCCACAGUGUUGAAUGAAAGGCUUGGAUUCGAGUUGGUCUUGAGUCAAAAAACUAAAUUACUGUUUUUAAUGCUGAGACUCAACUUUAAAGUUUUGACCUUGUGUAAUCUGAGAACACAAAAAAUAACCAAUUUCUAUUUUUUAAUUAUUUUCUUUUUUCAAUAUCUAGGCCUAAAUGAUUUUCAGCAUUCUCAUAAUCCCUGAUGUAUCUGACAAAACGUACAGCUCUGUUUUUUCUCUAUUGACCACUCUCGGAAAUCUUCAAUGUCCAGUUAGAGAAAUAUGCAAAAACACCAUUUUAAGCCCCCUCUUUAUUGUCACCAAAUUCAAUAUUCAUGAAACUUCAUUGUAACUUCAGGUGUUCAUUAAUCAACAAAGGAGCUUCUAUCUGCCAUUAAAGUUGUGAUUGUCUUCUUUGAGCCAAUGACCUUUAGUUUUAUGAUGUUGAACUGCUAACAGCUGUGUGUUGUGGGCAUGUAAAGUGAUAUUUUUUGAGAAAUAUACUGUAUUGUUUAUCAGAUAUUUGAGAUGGUUUUCAAAUAAAUGCGCUUUCAUAUAGGUCCAAUCUG